CCCCCCCCGCCGUCCCCCGCAGGGGCGCCCCUGGACGUGCUGCGGCUGCUCCAGCUCCAUUCCCAGCCCGAGGGGGUCCGGGUGGUGCCGGGAAUGUGCUCCCAGCGCGGCUCCGGCUCCGACGUGUCCUAUCGCAUCGCGCGCCCGGCGCAGCUCAGCGCCCCCACGCGCCAGCUCUUCCCGGGGAAAUUCCCGGAGGAUUUCUCCGUCAUGGCGCUGGUGAGGCCCAAGCCCGGGCUCCAAACCUUCCUCUUGUCCAUCUACAACCAAGACGGUGUCCAGCAGCUGGGGCUGGAGCUCGGGGACUCCCCCGUCUUCCUUUAUGAGGAUCAACACGGGCUCCCGCAUCCCGAGGAUUAUCCCAUCUUCCGCGGCCUCCGCCUUGCCGAUGGCAAGUGGCACCACUUGGCCUGGAGCGUCCGGCGCCGCUCGGUCACGCUCGUUGUGGACUGUGGCCACCAGGAGACGCGGGUCCUGCCCCGGAGCUCCAGGCCCUCCCUUGACACCAAUGGGAUCACGGUGUUCGGGACACGUAUCCUGGAUGAGGAGGUUUUCCAGGGGGACAUCCAACAACUGCUCAUCUCCGAUGACCCACACGCGGCGUUUGACUACUGUGAGCUCCAUGGUCCCCGUUGUGCCGCGGCCACCGGGGCCCCCCAGGGCCAGGAACCAGCCCAGCAGCGCCAGGAGGAGGCUGAGGAGUACUACGAGUACCCCCCCUACUACAGUAGUAGUGAGGACGGGGUCCUCCAAGGGGGUUCCCCCCAUGAGAGCAUGGGAAGGGUGGUGGGAUGCAGCACCCAUGGGCCCCCCAGCACCCUCUUGUCACCCUCGGGGUCCUCAUGUCAAGUGGUUUGUGUUUUGUGUCUUGUGUCCCCCCCUCUAUUGUCUGCCCUGUUGGUCUUCAUCACGUCCAUCUUCAUCACCUCCAUCCUCUUCUUCAUCACCUCCAUCCUCUUAUUCAUCACCUCCAUCUUCAACACCUCCAUCCUCUUCUUCAUCACCUCCAUCUUCAUCACCCCCAUCCUCUUCUUCAUCACCUCCAUCUUCAUCACCUCUGUCUUCAUCACCUCCAUCUUCAUCAUCUCCAUCUUCGUCACCUCCAUCCUCAUCACCUCCAUCCUCUUCGUCUCCAUCUUCUUCAUCACUUCCAUCACCCCCAUCACCACCCUGCGAGAAGAACCUUGGGGGGUCACCAUCACCCCGAAUUCCACCCCGGGACCUCCCCACAACCCUGAUGGUACCUUUUGGGAGGAGAUGGGACCAACGCAGGAUGAGGAUGAGGAUGAGGAUGAGGAUGGGGGUCCCAACCGGGCGUAUGAGUACGUCUAUAUGGACCCCCCCGAAGAAGUGGGUGCUGUGCGUGGUGUCAGGGGCUACAAGGGCGAGAAGGGGGAACCCGCUGUCCUCGAGCCGGGAAUGUUGGUGGAGGGCCCCCCCGGACCUGAGGGACCAGCGGGAAUGUCGGGACCACCGGGGACACAGGGACCACCGGGAGCACCAGGAGAGCCAGGAGAGAGGGGCCCCCCUGGCCGUGCCGGCCUCCCUGGCUCCGAUGGGACCCCUGGCCCCCCUGGGACCUCCAUGAUGCUCCCGUUCCGCUUCGGCAGCAGUGCUGGGGACAAGGGGCCGGUGGUGGCGGCGCAGGAGGCCCAAGCUCAGGCCAUCCUACAGCAAGCCCGGUUGGCUCUUCGGGGCCCCCCUGGUCCCAUGGGAUACACCGGCCGCCCUGGACCCAUGGGGCAACCCGGCAGCACUGGGUUAAAGGGAGAAUCCGGCGACUUCGGCCCCCAGGGACCACGAGGUCCCCAGGGCCUCACGGGACCCCCUGGAAAACCGGGUCGGAGGGGCCGACCGGGAGCUGAUGGAGCGCGGGGAAUGCCGGGGGAUCCUGGGGUCAAGGGCGACCGCGGCUUCGACGGGCUCCCGGGGCUCCCGGGUGACAAAGGCCACCGGGGUGAGCCGGGAUCGCAGGGAAUGCCGGGCCCCCCCGGUGAGGAUGGAGACAGGGGCGAUGAUGGCGAGGUGGGACCUCGAGGGCUUCCAGGAGAAGCGGGACCCAGAGGGCUCCUUGGUCCCAAAGGACCCCCCGGAAUUCCCGGCCCCCCGGGCGUCCGUGGCAUGGAUGGACCUGUGGGUCCCAAAGGGAACGUGGGACCUCAAGGAGAACCAGGACCCCCUGGUCAGCAGGGGACCCCUGGGACCCAGGGUCUACCAGGACCUCAAGGUGCUACAGGACCUCCUGGAGACAAGGGACCCCAAGGAAAACCGGGAUUGCCCGGGAUGCCCGGCUCCGACGGUGCCCCCGGUCACCCUGGCAAGGAAGGACCCCCUGGUUCGAAAGGCCACCAGGGUCCUUCAGGUCCUCAAGGACCCAUUGGCUACCCAGGGCCACGUGGUGUCAAGGGUGUCGAUGGCAUCCGAGGGCUCAAAGGACACAAGGGCGAGAAGGGUGAAGAAGGCUUCCCUGGCUUCAAGGGGGACAUGGGGGUCAAAGGAGACCGGGGUGAAGUUGGGGUUCCUGGAUCCAGGGGUGAAGAUGGACCUGAAGGACCCAAAGGCCGCACGGGCCCCACUGGUGACCCCGGACCCAUUGGGUUGGUGGGGGAGAAGGGAAAACUGGGAGUCCCAGGGCUUCCCGGUUAUCCAGGACGUCAAGGUCCAAAGGGAUCCCAGGGAUUCCCAGGAUUCCCAGGCAGCAACGGCGAGAAGGGGGCGCGGGGUCUAUCGGGCAAAUCAGGGCCAAGGGGUGAACGUGGCCCUACGGGGCCGAGGGGACAACGGGGACCACGAGGAGCCACCGGGAAGUCAGGAGCCAAGGGUACAUCCGGCAGCGAUGGGCCCCAUGGCCCCAUAGGAGAGCGGGGCCUACCAGGACCUCAAGGACCCAACGGCUUCCCAGGACCCAAAGGCCCCCCUGGCCCCCCUGGCAAGGACGGGCUCCCCGGGCACCCUGGACAGCGAGGGGAAGUGGGAUUCCAAGGGAAAACCGGCCCCCCGGGACCCCCAGGCGUGGUGGGCCCUCAGGGAGCUGCCGGGGAGUCUGGCCCCAUGGGAGAACGUGGCCAUCCCGGCCCCCCCGGGCCACCGGGAGAACAAGGACUUCCAGGUCCAUCCGGCAAGGAAGGCACCAAGGGCGAUCCCGGCCCCACAGGCUCCCCCGGCAAGGAUGGUCCAGCGGGAUUGAGGGGGUUUCCUGGCGAACGGGGGCUUCCCGGCACCGCGGGCGGCCCAGGCCUGAAGGGCAACGAGGGUCCCGCGGGCCCCCCCGGACCUGCUGGCUCUCCAGGGGAUCGGGGGGCUCCAGGACAGGGGGGUCCUGUUGGCCCCCCCGGGAGACCCGGACCUCAGGGACCCCCGGGCCCGGCUGGAGAGAAGGGAGUUCCGGGGGAGAAGGGCUCCGUGGGUCCCGCUGGACGCGAUGGGGUGCAGGGUCCUGUUGGGCUCCCAGGUCCGGCCGGACCCCCCGGAGGGGCAGGAGAGGAUGGAGACAAGGGUGAAGUGGGGGAUCCCGGCUCAAAGGGCACCAAAGGCACCAAAGGCGAGCACGGACCUCCGGGGCCUCCUGGACCCAUUGGAGCAGUUGGACAACCUGGAGCAGCUGGAGCUGAUGGGGAACCGGGUGCCCGAGGACCUCAAGGACACUUUGGAGCUAAAGGGGACGAGGGGACACGUGGCUUCAAUGGACCCCCAGGUCCCAUUGGGCUUCAGGGUCUACCAGGUCCUGCUGGUGAGAAGGGGGAGACAGGCGAUGUGGGGCCCAUGGGUCCCCCUGGACCUCCAGGUCCUCGUGGUCCUGCUGGAGCUUCUGGAGCUGAUGGACCACAAGGACCUCCUGGUGGCGUCGGGAAUCUGGGACCUCCUGGAGAGAAGGGCGAUCCUGGAGAAUCAGGAGCUCCAGGAAUCCAAGGAGAGCCUGGAACCAAGGGACCACGAGGGGAGCGAGGGGAGAAGGGAGAAGCGGGAGCCGCCGGAGCCGCUGGACCUCCUGGUGGGAAAGGUCCCCCCGGAGAUGAUGGACCCAAAGGCAACCCCGGUCCUGUUGGCUUCCCAGGAGAUCCUGGGCCUCCGGGUGAGAUGGGUCCAAGGGGUCAGGAUGGUGCCAAGGGGGAGCGUGGGGAGGAUGGAGAACCUGGAGAGCCGGGUUCCCCAGGUCCAACGGGUGAGAACGGUCCCCCCGGUCCCCUCGGGAAGCGGGGUCCAGCAGGUUCUCCUGGUCCUGAAGGACGUCAGGGUGAGAAGGGCGCGAAGGGAGAACCAGGAGCAAUGGGUGCUCCGGGCAAGACGGGUCCGGUGGGACCUCAAGGUCUUGGUGGGAAACAGGGUCCUGAUGGUCUCAGAGGGCUUCCUGGCUCCGUGGGAGAACAAGGCAAACCAGGGACCACAGGCCAAGCCGGGCCACCGGGACCAGUGGGUCCUCCAGGGCUCCCUGGCCUCAAAGGUGACACCGGUGCCAAAGGAGAGAAGGGCCACCCUGGCCUCAUUGGCUUGAUUGGACCUCCUGGAGAACAGGGGGACAAGGGGGACCGGGGCCUCCCUGGUCCCCAGGGAUCUAUGGGGCAGAAAGGAGAAACUGGGAUCCCUGGUGCUACCGGACCCAUUGGCCCCACUGGUCCCCCUGGACUCCCUGGCCCGGCUGGUCCCAAAGGUGCCAAAGGAGCCAUGGGCCAAGCAGGACCCAAAGGGGAACGUGGACCCCCGGGACCCCCCGGCCACCCGGGUCCCCCUGGAGAAGUCAUCCAGCCCCUUCCCAUCCAAGUGCCCAAGAAGUCCAAGCGCUCCAUCGAUGCCAGCGAGCCCAUGGAUGAAGCUGGGGAGGAGCUGGACCAAGCCAACGGCAUGGAGGAGAUCUUCGGCUCCCUCCACUCCCUCAAGCAGGAGAUCGAAGGCUUGAGGCGCCCCAUGGGGACACGGGACAAUCCGGCCCGCACAUGCCAGGACCUUCAGCUUAGCCACCCGGGGCUCCCCGAUGGUCACUAUUGGGUUGAUCCCAACCAAGGUUGUGCCCGAGAUGCCUUCAAGGUCUUGUGCAGGUUCCGGGUGGGAGCAGAGACCUGUGUCUUCCCCAGCAAGGAGGUUUGGGAUGAGAAGAAGAUGGCCCAAGGAUGGUCCAGUCAAGCCAAGGAGGGCAAUAGGUUCUCCUACAUGGAUUCGGAUGGGCAAGCCCUCGGCGUGGUGCAGGUGACCUUCCUGCGGCUCCUCAGUGUCUCCGCUCGACAGAACGUCACCUUCCGCUGUGCUGGGAAUGCUGGGAAUGCUGGGAAUGGCAUCCGCUUCCUGGCCGCCAACGAGGAGGAGCUCGGGGGCACCAGCCCCUACGUCAAGGUGGUGAUGGACGGUUGUGGGGCGCAGUCGGGCUCCGGGCGGACGGUGCUGGAGGUUCUCACCCCCCACCCGGAGCAUCUCCCGCUCCGGGACCUCCUGCACAUGGGACGAGGCGGCUUCGAGGUGGGCCCGGCCUGUUUCCUGGGCUGAGAGCAUCCCGCAUGGACAUGGACAUCCGGGGACCAUGGACCCACCCAGUGACUAUGGACCCACCCCAAUGACCAUGGACCCACCCAGUGACCAUGGACCCACCCCAAUGACCAUGGACCCACCCAAUAACCAUGGACCCACCCCAAUGACCAGGGACCCACUCAAUGACCAUGGACCCACCCCAAUGACCAUGGACCCACCCCAAAGACCAUGGACCCACCCCAAUGACCAUGGACCCACCUCCAUGUCCUCCAAUGACCAUGAACCUUGAUAUUCUCCAAUGACCAUGAACCAACCUCCCUGUCAUCCAAUGACCAUGAACCCCAAUGUCCUCCAAAGAACAUGAAUCUUGAUGUUCUCCAAUGACCAUGAAACUUGAUCUCCUCCAAUGACCAUGGAGCUCCAUGUUCUCCAAUGUUCUCCAUGUUCUCCAUUGACUAUGGACCAACCCCAAUGUCCUCCAGUGACCAUGAACCUCGACGUCCUCCAAUGACCACGAACCAACGUCCCUGUUCUCCAAUGACCAUGAACCUCGUCAUCCUCCAAUGACCAUGAACCAACCUCCACGUCCUCCAAUGACCUCCAUCAUCUCUAAUGGGUUCCAGUCCAACCUCAGGCCACAUCCCCCCAUCUCCUCCAAUGGGCGUCCUCCAAAGACCCACAACCAGGAGCCCGUGGAGGGAAGUGAGAAGGACCUUGUGUGUCUUUAGUGUGUUCUUUACUCUCUUAACUUAAAGAUGUUAUUUAAAGCCAUGGAUGCAACCACC